CGCUGCCGCCGCUGCGCCCUGGCCCCGCCGCCGCCGCCGCGCAGCUGCAGCCCCGCUCCCGCCCGCGGCGCGCCGAGACCCCCAGCCCGCGCCCGGUGGCAGGCUUCAUCAGCAGUUUCUUGAUGCUUGGAAAAUUCUGACACCCACCCUGUUGGACUACUUGUAACCAGUGCCUAAGACUACAAAAACGUAUGUGUGGAAGAACCUUUCCUUGAAGGAAGCGUCCAUCUCAAUACUGUAGAAACUCUGUGCAAGCCUUGCAAGGCAGGAGAGCAGUUCGUGCUUCCGUUGACGCUCGUGUGUAAUCUCUGCUUCUUAUGCACUCCAGCACCCCUAUCAGUUCCUUGUUCUCCUUCACCAGCCCCGCAGUGAAAAGGCUGCUGGGCUGGAAACAAGGAGAUGAAGAGGAAAAGUGGGCAGAAAAAGCUGUUGAUUCCUUGGUGAAGAAGUUAAAGAAGAAGAAAGGUGCCAUGGAAGAACUGGAAAGGGCUCUGAGCUGCCCAGGUCAGCCCAGUAAAUGUGUCACGAUCCCACGUUCCCUGGAUGGGCGGCUGCAGGUGUCUCAUCGCAAGGGGCUUCCCCACGUCAUAUACUGCAGAGUGUGGCGCUGGCCUGAUUUACAAUCUCACCAUGAGUUGAAACCACUGGAAUGUUGUGAGUUCCCAUUUGGCUCAAAACAGAAAGAAGUGUGCAUUAACCCCUACCAUUACCGGCGGGUGGAAACCCCAGUUCUACCUCCUGUACUCGUUCCAAGACACAGCGAGUUUAACCCUCACCUCAGCCUCCUCGCCAAGUUUCGCAACACUUCUCUGCACAGCGAGCCGCUGAUGCCGCACAAUGCCACCUAUCCUGAUUCUUUCCAGCAUCCUCCAUGCACCCCUUUUCCAUCAUCACCCAGCCACAUGUUCUCCCAGUCGCCUAACAGCAUCAGCUACCCCAACUCACCAGGAAGCUCUUCUGGACCAGGAAGUCCCUAUCAGCUCAUGGUGGAAACUCCACCCCCACCUUACCAUGCAAGAGAACCUCCAGGAACCCACAAUGGGCGGUCAAUGGAUGCAAUAGCUGAAAGUCAACUAGUGCUGUCUUUGCCCAAUGGAGGUAAAUCUGCCGAUGGAGAAGCUGAAAACUUUCGGCCUGUUUGCUAUGAGGAACCCCAACAUUGGUGCUCAGUUGCUUAUUAUGAACUCAACAACCGGGUAGGGGAGACUUUCCAGGCUUCCUCACGAAGUAUCCUUAUAGAUGGAUUUACAGAUCCCUCAAAUAACAAAAACAGGUUCUGCCUGGGACUGCUCUCAAAUGUAAACCGCAACUCUACUAUAGAAAACACCAGGAGACACAUAGGAAAAGGUGUUCAUCUUUACUAUGUCGGUGGGGAAGUUUAUGCUGAAUGUGUCAGCGACAGCAGUAUUUUUGUGCAAAGCCGCAACUGUAACUACCAGCAUGGUUUCCACCCAGCCACUGUCUGCAAGAUCCCCAGUGGCUGCAGCCUCAAGAUCUUCAACAACCAGCUCUUUGCCCAGCUGCUUGCCCAGUCAGUCAAUCAUGGUUUUGAAGUGGUGUAUGAGCUGACCAAGAUGUGUACUAUUCGAAUGAGCUUUGUUAAAGGCUGGGGAGCGGAGUAUCAUCGCCAAGAUGUUACAAGCACGCCCUGCUGGAUUGAGAUCCACCUGCAUGGACCGUUGCAAUGGCUGGAUAAGGUGCUGACACAGAUGGGCUCACCUCAUAACCCCAUCUCCUCAGUCUCUUAAGAAUCAUCUCUAGAAUUCCCUUAGGAUGGAUGCUAUUGCAGGCAGUGGCUUAUAGGGUUUCCAGUGAACAGAAGCUUCUAUAUGUAGAUGUAUGUAGAUGUAAAUAUAUCUAUACAUAGUCUACUCUCCUUUUUCUCUUUUUUUCCAUGUUACAUUUUGUGGUUUCUAGUUACUCUGAUGCCAGUACAAUAAGUUUAGAAAUUCAGGUAUAGUGUUAUCUGUUCUCUAGUACAAAAUAAGCCAAAUUCCUGCAAAAGUGUCAAACAUUUCCUGUGAGCAUCUUCAUUCCCCAGCCAAGCCAAUAAAUGGUGCGAAUUCUCAGCACUUUCAUGCGGAUUCAGAAACCUGGCUGUAGCUGUUCCUAGUAGGUGAAAUUCACCCCUCUGCAGGCAACCAAAGUCAGAUCUCUACACCAUUUAUAUCCAUUUUACAUCCUAAUUUCAGGACUAAAAGAGGACCUUAGACGGUGCACAGGACUUGUGCAUAGAGAUGACUUUUGUCCAGUGAACUGAAGGACUAAACUGCAAUUCCAGUCUGUCUCCCUACUGCAAAGCACGAUGGGGCAACAGAUACACUGAGGAGCUGAGGCACCCCUGUCUCCCCUAGGAUUUGGCAGGAGGAGGGAGCCCUCGGGACGCAUUCAGCACUGGAGCCUUAUCAGAGCAUUCUGGACGCAUCCGAGUAGUCUGAUACUGUUAACACAGUAGCGUACGGUACUGCUGCACUGAAAAGCAACAAGCUCCUAAGGAAAAAAAGAAGAAAAUUUGAAAUAUAUGCCUAUAAGUUUAAAAACUAAUUAACUUCCAGUGCUUUUUUGCAAAGUACAUACAUACUUGCAUAUGUAUCUGGCAUGUAAACCGAAUCCUAUCCAUUAUACAGUAUUGAUGUAGUUUGUUUUAAAGUUAGGACUCUGUAGUUAGACUACUGUGCUGAUAUCAAGGGUACGUCUAAAAGGGACUUGAACUGUGAUUCAGAAAAGGGAAAUGAAGUGUGCAUUGAAGAACCGAAUAAUUACUUUAUCAUUCGUCUUGGGGUAGUCUCUGUACUGGGAAGAGGAAGCCCCAGGCUCACAGGAUGCAAUGAGGAGGAGGUGGGAGGCAGCCACGUCCACCCGCUGUGCGGGCCAGUCCUCAGGAUCUGAUGGCAACGCUCGGGUCUGACAGCAAGGGCUUCCCUGCCAGUCACUUCGUACGUCCCCAUGGAUGGUUCCUCGUCUUAGAUACAGGCUGCAUCAUUUGCAGUGCUUUUGCCUCACCUGCAGAGGAUGGUGAGGCAGUGUAAGCCACGAACAAGCAAAGAGUGAAUCUAUGUGCAGAACCUUUUUUAAAAGCUCCUUGUCCGUGGUCCUUCUGUAAGCAGGGAAACCUAUUGCCCGUACUCUCAUCCACAGAGCCAGCCUUACAAAAUGCUGUUCACUUGGUAACCUUUUCUGAGGAGGCAGGUGAAACUCUUACUACAUUUUGAUGGUCCCCCUUACCUUGCUGAAAGGGUAGAGGAUUAUUUCUUUCCAGGCAUAACAGUCCACUGGAAAUGGUUUUGCUUUAAGGGUCAGAAAGAGCGAUAACUUCUCCAAUCUCAUUCCUCCUUAGAAUACGCCAGAAGUAUCCUGAGGGAAAAAAAAUGUUUUACAGAAUGUUUCUGUUCUUCUCACACAAUAUCUGGUGCUACAUAUUUUACUGCAUAAUUAGAAGAGGAUGCCUGAAAUCUUCAGCUACAUCACAUAUGCAAAGGAAACACCAUUCACUGGAAAGACUUUCCAUGUGUUUUAGAUGCUAUGUAAUACCUGUUACAGGGUGGUAAUUAUGAAGAGAGCAGAAGAAUCAGUAAACUAGCAGGGUUGCUUGGUUUGAAUGCAUUUUCAGCUGCCUGAAGAAUUUGUAGGGCACAGAAGGAUAAAUUAUUGUUAAGUUUGAGCAGUAAUAGGAAGUUGUAUAGGAAAUCUGUAAAUGCGAAGAAUCCUAUUCUGUCACCAUUUGACAUCAGCAGUGUCACUGUGGGAUAGGAAAAGCUUUACAGUCUCCCGCAGCAAUUAAAUCCAAUAAUGAUGUUACACAGAAAUGCCAGGCAUGCCAUGUACUGUUCAGAGAGAUCAGUCUGGAAAAAGACAUGUUCCUCAGCUCCUUCUGUCAUCAGUGUCACUGUACCAAGGUACUGGUAACACCAUUUUUAACAUGUUUAUUGCACCCUUUCGCCAGUAAUUUCUCUGUGAUUUUCACGUUGCUCAUCCCUUUGCUUUCUUAGCAGCUAAGGACAGAGAAAAUCACCUCUUCUGUCUAGGACCUAGCUCUGUCCUUCAUCCUAGAUUCUUCCUUGCCUUUUAGGCUGAAACCUCCUUCGCUCCUAAUAGAGAGAGAAGCCUAGGGGUUGCUUUUAGACAUUCCCAGCAUUGUCAUCUUCCUCGCAGAGAGCAAAGGUGGGCGUUCUGAGGCGCAUCUGCUCUUGGGCAGCUCCAGAACCUGGUUUCCUGCUGAUGCUGCGGAGGAAAACUGGAUGGCCAGUGAAGAGAAGCAGGUUCCUCUGGGGCAUCGUUCAUUUCAUCCUAAGGCAGGUAUUUCAAGUAGGUGAAAUACACUGCGCUGUGAGCACGCUUAUGUCUUCCCAUUGAGUAUAAGGGGAACUCAGGGUCACUAGCUCAGAUGUGGACUGCUACAUUGGACAUAUCCAAAAGUAGGUGAGGUGGGCCCUAGGGAAGAUGUGAUCGCUUUCCUAGCCUAGUAAUGAUGCUUGCUCAGUAGGUGCCUAAAUGUGUUUAAAUGGAAGUUGGUAAAUUCAGAGCAGUUUUUCCCUUCCUGUAUGUCUACUUUUAUAGUAAUCCUCAUACAAAUAGGACUUGGCUUCAAUGCAGUCCACACAUGCAUCUCAUUAAAGGUAGUCACCUUAAUAUUCCCUUACUAGUAAGUAAAGAGGCAUUUCUGGAGCAUGAUUUUCUGACCUAUUUAAAAUGUCUGCAUUAGGAUGAGAUGAAUUUCAGCAAAUUUAGCUAUUUGCUGAAAGUUGGAUCGAAGCAUCUGAUUCUGAGCAAUCAGCCAACAGCCACCUCAGAGUUGUUAGCCUUUGGGAAGGCUGGUAUCACUGCGUGAACUAUUUCCUACUUUUUGAUGGCCUCUAGGGCCUUAGUCCACUGUACGAGAUGCUGUGCAAACACACAGCAGCUGACAGCUCCUUCCCAAGAGAAGGGGAGAGCUCACAUCACAAGGGAGAAGUGGUAACGGUGGACGAGGCAAACAAGUAAAUAGGAAGAUGAGACCUGCCUAGAUGCAGUGAUAAAAAGUAAGGCUAAGAAGCCAUUUAUUUCCCUUUCUUUUUGAACACUCUGUCUUAUAGGCUUCUCUAGUGUAUGUGAAUUGAGCUCAAUUAAAAAUUCAGGUUUCUUAUAAUUCACAGCAAUUUAACUUUGUAUCUCACUCUAAUAUCUCCCCAUUUUGGAAGGAGAUAUUUUCUGCUUAAAGGUCUUCAUGAACCUAUCAACCUAUAGUCGAUUUAAAGCCUUUAAAUGUUCUCAUUAAUACUCAAGCUUUGGAGAUAGGCUUCCUGAGAGAUUUAAAACCACUUGCAGGGAGACUACGUAGUCCAAGACAGAUUUUUAUUUUUUUAUAUAUGUUUUUUGAGCCAUCAACAGUUCAAACCCUCUUGAAAGUCUCUGUGGAGAAGUAUCAUGCAUCACCAGGCAACGGUGGGAGUUUGAUCAGGUGGAGGCAUAAAGCUUAUUCAUCAUGGUACGUAGACCACUUGUUUUCCUAUUAAAUGGUCAAGAGAAGACAACUGCUUAAUUGCUGCCCGUUCUUCAGCAGCACCAGUAUUAAUGUGCUGUUUGCAUCCAGAGGUGAGGGGAGCAAAUCUAGCACGCUGCCUGCAUGGAGCCAUUCAGUGGCACUGCUGCUCUGACGGCUCAGUCCCAUAACCUUGCACUGUAACAGCUGAUCAGGUACGGUAUGGCAACGGCUGUGGCAUUCAGAAGUGCGGCAUGUGCUUUGCCUCCCCAUCAGAGGCUACACCACAAAUGUCUUUACUCAUGAGAAUUUCAUGUUUUGGCAUGCUCAGUCUGAAGGAUAAUGUGUCAGCAACACAAAGGGGAACUGUGGCCCCGAGUAACAUCAACUGGAGUCGAGGAAAUUCCUUCCGUGUCUCCGGCAGGUACUGUGUCAAGACUUUCACCGCCCUGAGCAGCCUUCUCUGAGUGGUCCCUGCCUUGAGCAGGGUGUCAGACUUGAUGCCCUGCAGAGAUCCCUUCCAAUUUACAUGAUUCUGUGGUCUAUGCAGAGAUUCAGUGACAGCUGGUUGCCACAGGCAGGAGCUCUCUUAGCAGAGGUGGUUUCAAGAUGAAGCAUGUUUAUCCUCAGCUAUUUCUGCAUGACUUCGGUGCAGAACAGAGUUACAAGGUAUUAAUGUUCCCUCAGCAUAAGAUCAACACUGCAAACAUUCCUCAGUGUAAAUAUCAUCUCCGCCACACAACUCUUAAAAUGGAAAAAAUCAGGCAUUUGUGACUGUAACUUUAUCUAAUCUGCCCUUGUUCAUCCUGGCUUCACCUUUGCCUAUAAGCUCUGCGAAUCAGAAAGUCUCACCAGCGACUGAGGAGUUGCACAAACAGCUGGAUUUGAAGAGGCAGCUCAGGCACCGUUUGCUUCUUGGCUGGAUGGAAACAAUUUAUAAAAAGAAGCCUGAUCGAAUUUAGUAAUUUUGAAGGGAUCUCAAGUAUAAGGCCAAUUUUCUUGGCUCAUUAGAGACUUCUCUGGUGCAGCUAUAGCUUUCAGGAAUACUUGAGCACUACAUGGUGCUCAGCACAGGAAAGAAACAUUACAUCCUCUAUACUAUUCACCUCUCCUCCUGGCUCCCCAUAACCUGACUUCUUAGAAAAAUCAAAACCAAACACAAUGAAGAAAGAUUAAUGAGUCAUAGGGCAGAGUAAUUAAAUACCAUUUUUCAAAGUUGAGAAGUGCUGCCCAGAAUAUAGAUUUAUAUCAUCAGAAAUGUACUGAAUGUAACAUGUCCCAUGUGCUGUCCAAGCCAAAGGCGAGAGCUCCUUGCUCUGGAGAAGCCUGGAGAGCAGGCUCUUAGUUGGACAUCUGAACCCCAGCCCUUCUGGGUGAGUGGAAACCCCACUGAAGGGGCUGAGAAGAUUUUUCCAGAGGACUUAUAGUUCAUGGUUGGUUUCAGUAGCCAGAGAUGCAGUGAGACAAUGAAGGGACUGGGGAGGAGGUGCUCCGGGGAGCAGAUACACUCAGUGGUCAUCGCUAGAGGUAUCAAGGCAGUACAUGCUUGGGCAGCCAUUGUGUUCACUGGAACUUUUUACAUUCACAUCUAAACUAAUCGCCAAGACCUGUUUUAGGAGCAGCUUGGAGUACCACCAUCCUUGACCUGGUGCUUCCUACACACACUGCCUGGCUGAGUGUGCCAGCUGCUUGGUUAAGCCAUUAGGUAUGUUGGGGCAAAUGGCGUCCCAUGUGAUGCAGGGAGUAGGCUCUCCUUGCAUCUGGAAACUGCACUUGCAAGAUUAGCCUCUGCCUCGCUGCAGGACUAAUGAGUUCAGCUUUGGGGCAACCGUUCAAGGACACUAUCAGCACAUCCAGUUUGUGCUCCUCAAAGAAAACUGCAGUCUGAACAGAAACUGCACGACUGAAAGAGACGGAUCAUAUAGAGCGUCUGCCUGGGACCUGUAAUAAAGCAACUCGCUUCAUGCCUAGGUGGGAAAUUGCAGUGCCCAAAGGAAGAUGGAAUCAGCAGGAGCUUUCACAGGGACUCCCGACUAUGAAAUUACAUUUAUAACAGGAACUAAGAAUGGACAAGAAGAAUGGCUUCCCUGAGAGUGACUAAGAGGUCAGGUUACCAUCAAAAAAGAGCCUGAUAGAGUUGGUUCCAUCUUGCAGCAGGGAGAGAUUAUAUGAGACUUUAGAUCUGUGGAUUAAAACCUCCUCAACCUGGAGGCUUCAUUGCAGUGACUGAAACAGGGCUUCUUCGUAACGGCAGCUCUGGGCGGACCUUUCCGCAGGGUACAGAAAGCCUGAGUGGGCCUUUAGUCUUUGAUCAGCAGAGAGAAAUCGCUUUGUGUCUCUAGCGCAGACAGACACUUCUGCAUGUUGUGCACCAGCACAAAACACAGCCUUUGGUUUGUACUGAUCAUCUACUCGUAGGAAGCUCCGGCGUGGCCAGGAGCAGCCAAAAUCCUGUUACCUGUUCACCCCAGGGCUUUCCAAACAGCUUGCCCAGGCGUGCCUUACAUUGUAUUGCCAUAUUGAUGCCACAGUAUCCUGCCAGGGAGGGGAGGUGUACGAGAGUCCUCUCCAGAGGACACCUCCACUUGCACCUGGGCCGUGCUUGCAAACUUGAUGCCUGUACAGAUAAUGAGUCUAAUUUGCAGGCCACGUCUCUUAUGCAAGGUAGACAUAACCACUACGUCCUCCAGAGUCAGCUACUCUUCCCUUAUAGCCAAUGUGAACAUUUGCAGCUAAUUGUGAACGGUUUUUAGAUCUUCAGUCAUAGUGUUUUUAUUAUCCAUGGAUGCUGCUAUUUUAUAUUCCGUGUUAGUAUUCAAAUAAUAUUGCAUAUGAAUAGCAUAGGAAGAAAUACACCAACCAGUUAAUAAUUUUAAAUACAGACCUCAUCAGCAAAGAAAAGCUAGGAAAAACUUGCUAAAGCCUGACCCCUUGCACUUUCACAGUAGCGAGCACAUCAUGUUUUAAAGUGGUUUUUUUGAUGCUAAAGUGUGUGUUAAAUCUUAUUCAGAGUUAUGUCCAUGAGGCGCUUUGCAAAUGAGAGCAAGGGAACAAACGUAAUGAUGAGCAGAGAUAAUGCACAUUCAGAUACACUUUCUUUGCUUACUCAAGCAAUUUGAGUUUUUAAUUAUUUAGAAUACUUUUUAAGUACAAGUCAAAUGUACCACAGCAUACUUUCUGCAGAGAAAUCAGUGUUAGCAGUUUAAUCCCUCAUUUCAAUAUCACCUCUGUGAUACAAAUGGGGCUGAGAAGCGAGACAAGAAAGUGAAGAAACAGGCCUUUUUGUGUGGAUCAACAAAGCCGUAAGGUUGCAAAGUUCUAUGCAGUCAAGGGGCCAAAAUGGUGGAUUUGAGCAAGGCGUGGGUUUUUUGCAUUAAGUACGAGCUAUCAGUCUGGUGCCGAAAAGCACCGUGAAUCAUACAUAGAUUUAAUGGCGUCACUUGUGUCUAUGAACAAUUCUGCCCUCUCUUUUCCAUCAGAAUCAAAGCAAAACAUCUGCACCAUCCAGAAGAAAGUAUUAUUCACAGUUAGUGAUACUCUGUAAAAGCGUAGAUCGCUGUAUAAAGAACGCUACUUGGACUCUUGCCUCUUGAGAAUGAAAAAUCUCAGACAUUACUUAGUUUCAGGAGCCUGAGAGAUCAGGGCAGCUCAGAGUCCUCCAGCUCUAGCCCAUGCCCUGUUGUAUCAAGAGAGAUGUAACAACGGCUAAUCAAGUGGACACUUUCACAAGCAUUCCUCCUGCUGCAUUUGAUUUGAGGCAUUCUGAAGUCAACGUACUUAGUCUGAUGUUUGAAUAAUACACUUUUUAACACACUCCAUUUUCUUUGGCUGGAAUUAUUCUAUUGUAAAAGGGAUUAUUCAUGUCUUGUGUUUUACUGUUAAUAAAGGUAUUUCUGAUUUAA